AGGGCCAGGGGCAGCCCGCGGCCGGGGCUCCGACGUGUCCGGCAGGAGCAGGGCGCGGUGAUUCCCACCGCCACCACCCCCCCGCUCCCGGGAAGGGGUGCGCGGGCGCUCCGCGGCGGGGGAGGAGGAGGAUGCUGCUGCUGAGGAUGCAGAGGAUGCGGCGGGCCGGAGCGGAGCGAGGGUACGCGGGCAGCGCCUGGGUGUGCUGCUGGCUGCUGGGCUGGCAGGCGGCCGCCCUGCAGCUGCCGCCCUGUGAAGAGACAGAUUACCACUUCGAGUACACAGAGUGCGACAGCAGUGGCUCCAGAUGGAGGGUGGCUGUCCCGAAUCCGUCAGUGGAGUGCUCUGGACUACCUGACCCCGUGAAAGGGAAGGAAUGCACUUUCUCCUGUGCCUCUGGUGAGUACCUCGAGAUGAAGAACCAGGUGUGCAGCAAGUGUGCAGAGGGGACCUACUCACUGGGCAGUGGGAUCAAAUUUGAUGAGUGGGAUGAGUUGCCAGCAGGAUUCUCCAACGUGGCGACUUUCAUGGACACGGCGGUUGGCUCAUCUGAGAACAAGGCCGACAGCUGCAACAACUCCUCAUGGACGCCUCGAGGGAAUUACAUCGAGUCGAACAGGGAUGAUUGUACAGUUUCCCUCAUCUACGCUGUGCACCUGAAGAAAUCCGGUUCUGUCUUCUUCGAAUACCAGUAUAUUGACAACAACAUCUUCUUUGAAUUUUUUAUACAAAAUGACCAGUGCAAAGAGAUGGAGUCCACAGCAGACAAGUGGGUGAAGCUCACAGACAACGGAGAGUGGGGCUCUCAUUCUGUAACUCUGAAAUCAGGUAGCAAUAUAUUAUACUGGAGAACAACAGGGAUUCUCAUGGGCUCCAAAGUAGUAAAACCAGUUCUGGUGAAAAACAUCACAAUUGAAGGAGUUGCAUACACGUCUGAAUGCUUUUCAUGCAAGCCUGGUACCUUCAGUGACAAACCAGGUGCAUCUGGCUGCCAGGUGUGCCCACGAAAUACUUAUUCUGAGAAAGGAGCUAAAGAGUGCACCAAGUGUAAAGAAGAAAUGUAUUAUGCAGAUGAGGGAUCUAGCGCAUGUAUAGAGCGUCCUCCAUGCACAAGCAAAGACUUUUUCCAGAUCCAUACCCCAUGUGAUAAGGAAGGAAAAACUCAGAUCAUGUACAAAUGGAUUGAACCCAAGAUCUGCAGAGAGGAUCUCCCUGAUGCAUUGACCCUACCUCCUUCUGGAGAGAGGCAGGACUGUCCACCCUGCAAUCCUGGCUUCUACAACAAUGCCUCAUCUUCUUGUACUCCCUGCCCGCCAGGCACAUUUUCGGAUGGGACACAGGAGUGCAAAGCCUGCCCUGCUGGGACUGAACCAGCCCUUGGGUUUGAGUACAAGUGGUGGAACAUCCUGCCAGGCAACAUGAAGACAUCUUGCUUCAAUGUUGGCAACUCGAAAUGCGAUGGCAUGAACGGUUGGGAGGUGGCUGGUGAUCACAUCCAGAGCGCGGCAGGAGGCUCUGACAAUGACUAUCUUAUCUUGAACCUGCACAUCCCGGGAUUUAAACCUCCGACAUCAGUGACAGGAGCAACUGGGGCAGAACUAGGACGGAUUACUUUUAUUUUUGAGACCAUCUGUUCAGCAGAUUGUGUGCUGUACUUUAUGGCAGAUGUUAAUCGAAAAAAUACCAAUGUGGUGGAAUCAUGGGAAAGAAGUAAAGAAAAACAAUCCUACACUCACAUCAUCUCCAAAAAUGCUUCCUUCACCUUCACCUGGGCCUUUCAGAGAAUAAAUGAGGGCCAAGAUAGCAGACAGUUCAUCAAUGACAUGGCCAAGAUCUACUCCAUCACGGUGACCAACGCAGUGGAUGGAGUGGCCUCUUCCUGCCGGGCCUGUGCUCUGGGCUCCGAGCAGUCCGGCUCAUCCUGCGUGCCCUGCCCGCCGGGACACUACAUCGAGAAGGAGACCAGCCAGUGCAAGGAGUGCCCGGCCAACACCUUCCUGUCCAUCCACCAGGUCUAUGGCAGGGAGGCCUGCAUCCCCUGUGGGCCUGGCAGCAGGAGCACCAAGGACCACACUGCCUGCUUCAGUGACUGCCUGGUGUCCUAUGUCAAGGAUAACCAGAGCCUGAAUUACAAUUUUAGCAACCUCAGCCGGGUGGGCUCGUUGAUGAGCGGACCCAGCUUCACUUCCCGAGGGACCAAGUUCUUCCACUUCUUUAACAUCAGCCUGUGUGGGAAUGAGGGGAAGAAGAUGGCAAUUUGCACUGACAACAUCACAGACGUUACUCUGAAGGACAUGGUUGCAGAAUCAGAAGAUUUUUCCAAUUUUGUGGGUGCUUUUGUCUGUCAGUCCACCAUCAUCCCGUCAGACAGCAAAGGUUUCCGAACAGCCCUGGCUCUGCAGUCCAACAGCCUUGCUGACAGGUUCUUAGGAGCUACAGUUGAAACAAUGCUGGAAAAUAUCAGCAUAAAGGCAGAUAUGUUUCCUCCCUCUCCAAGCAAAAUACCAGAUGUGCAUUUCUUUUACAAGUCUUCAACAGUGACAACCUCCUGUGAAAAUGGCCGUGCAACUGUUGUGACAAUGAGAUGCAACCCCAACAAACCAGGCCAAGGAGAGCUCUCUGUGCCCAGCUCAUGCCCUGCGGGCACCUGCGAUGGAUGCACUUUCUACUUUGUUUGGGAAAGUGCAGAAGCUUGUCCUCUCUGCACAGAGCAAGACUACCACGAGAUUGAGGGAGCCUGCAAAAAAGGAUUUCAGGAAACCUUGUAUGUAUGGAAUGAACCAAAGCAUUGCAUUAAAGGAGUUUCCUUGCCAGAAAAAAAGACCAGCACUUGUGAAACAGUAGAUUUUUGGCUUAAAGUUGGAGCUGGUGUUGGUGCUUUCACAGCUGUUCUGCUCAUAGCCUUGACUUGCUAUUUUUGGAAGAAGAACCAGAAGUUGGAGUAUAAAUAUUCCAAAUUAGUGAUGACAACGAACUCAAAAGAGUGUGAACUGCCAGCUGCUGACAGCUGUGCUAUAAUGGAAGGAGAAGAUAAUGAAGAAGAAAUAGUAUAUUCAAAUAAGCAGUCACUGCUGGGCAAGCUCAAAUCCUUGGCAACAAAGGAAAAGGAAGAUAAUUUUGAAUCUGUUCAGCUGAAAUCUUCAAGAUCACAGAAUAUAUGAAGAAUUAAUGCUGCCUUCAGAGAAACAAACCUAAUUUCUAUUUUUACAGGACCAUAUUUUAAACAUAUUCUGGCACACAUUGUAAUGGUGAUCUUGGUGAGAAAUGCUUAGCCAUUUAGCAAGAAAGAAGAGAGGAAGCAAACCAGAAAAUUGGAUUGCCUUACCAUGUGAUCGAGUAUCUUGCCAAAAAAAGAAUGCAGACGCUUGGAUUCCAUACUGGGAAUGAAAUUCAACUCAGGAAGAGAUACACAUACUGCAAAUAACACGAAUUUUUUGCAUUCACCUGGGCAUUGCUCAGGCAUGCCAUAUGAUUUAUAGGUACCUUUCAUUUCCUCUCUCUCCUCCUACGCAUAUUCCCAAGAAAUGAUUUUCAGAGAGGCCUGCAACCUCCUGCUAGUCGCUUACUAGCAUAAUUAUGAGUCUCUCUCAAAAUCAAAAUUGGGAAUGGUACUCAGAAUGAGCCUCAGGUGAGUUUUGAACUUUGGAAAAUACUUUUGAUCUAUUGCUUUGGAGAUCUAGAUGAUCUGUGUUGACCUUUAUUACAAGAGGAAUGGUGUUGCACCUGCAAGUUGAACCCGUUCUGACGCCUAAGUUAUGGCCAUCAGGGUUGGGGUAAAACCUAGUGCUAUUAAAUUUAGAUGUAUUAACUGCUGUUGUAUGAAUUGUAGGUGUGGGCCCACAGGUUUACAGGCAGUAGCAGGUUCAAACUCUGUAAAGAGAAGUAAAGUGGUACCUACAGUGCAAAUUGCACUUGUCCCUCUCUGUGAAAGCUUGUCCUUUCAAGACAAGCCUUUUGGCAGAUCCAGUGUCCUCCCUUGGGCUGCAUAUAUGUCACCUUUCCCGGGUUGUGAACCAACAAAUCCUGAACUGUGGAGGUACAGGAGGAGUUGCUACUUUUGGAAAUCAGAGAUCAGCUUUGUCAGUUGGGAGGCUUAGUAGAAAUACUCAGCCACCUUUACUCCUGGACCCAUGGAAGGAGGAGGAUGGAUGCCCAGCAGAGCUGAGUACGGGUCAUGUACUUGCCCAGCCCAGCAUGUAAAUUCUUUCUGCUGUCAGUGCAAGUACCAGUUUUGGAAGAAGGGCACAAAAUGGUGCCUCAAAAACUGGAGGCUAGGUGGACUUUUUCAUAAAAUCAGCCACAUUAUAAGCAUGUGACCUCCAUGAUAUCCACAGUAAUAAUUUCCUGAAAUUCCCAUUGAGGUUGAACUCAAAGGAAUCUGAAACUUAGGCAAAAAAAUAUUUGAGUAAAAUUAUGCAAGACUUGUAUAGAGACAGGAGAAAAUGAAGAAUGAUUCUUGUAUUGACCUCUGGUCAGACUCAUAUUUCCAUUACAGCAAAUUUGUGUGAAUUGUGGAAUGCAUCAAAACCAGAAAAGACACAUGGGUAGAAAUGGUCUUUUUACUAUAAGGAAUAUAGAUUUUUGAUUUUAUAUGACUGAGCUAGAUCUAUCAAUAAAAGAGGGCCCACUUUUAAGUAAAAUUUAAAUUAAACUGAAUUUUCUGCACUCUAAAUAUUUUAUUAUACUAUAGAUGUGGACAAAAAUUUUAUGAAGUUUAGAUUUUUUUUUUUUUUAUUAGCUCAGUUAUUUUAUAGUUCCCAUCAAAGAACACACGCUUUACUCUUUUGAUGGGACAUACUUCAGGCAUCCUAACUGAAGUGGUGUACAUUUUCUGUUGGUCUUGAGAAGGCACUUCACUUUCCCAAAAAAAGAUUUUUAUGGGGUAUUGUUGAAUGUAUAUUAAAUACACAUUCCUUUUUGUAUAUUUUGUACCAUUGCACACUUAUUGUACAUUGUAUUUGUUGUCAUGAUGUCAUUUAUAUAUGGUUGUCAAAGAUGAUAUGCUCACAGAGUAAAUGGUUAUGGCUUUGGGAUUUCACUUCUUGGAUCUUUUAUGAUGAGGGGUUUUAUGUUGUUGAUUUUUAUUCAACUAGUGUGUUGUAGCAUCAAAGAUAUAUAUCUGAUGGACAUUCAUAAAAUAAAGUGAAAAUAUAUUUGAAAUUUUGGACUUGAGAUGUUUGGUGGCACUGCAGCCUUUCCUGAACAUUGCGGAUCUGCAGUGAUGGGUAGAGCUUUUCACUGCCAUCAAACUGCAUCUGUCUACAUCUUUUUUAAUUUUUUCCCUUCUCUGUCCAUAUGUUUAAUAAGCAAAAAUUACAAUUCAUUCUCCAGAACACCACUUCUUUUUUCAUCACUGCACCUAAAUCCCUGUAAUGCAAAAAAUGCCUUAAUUUUUAUGAACUAUAUUUAAUUUGACUUAAAAAGGGUUAGUUUGGUUUCCUUCUUUUUCCAUUUUAUUUUCCAAAUAAAAUACACUGGAUUUUUUUGACAGCUGUGACAGACUUUGCUGUAUGACUCUUCUCAGCUCUGCUUCCAAAUGGUUUGUCAUGAUAUGGAACAUUCUCCCAGGCAAUCUAAUAGUGUAUCUGGUGCAGUGCUGACAUAAUGGGAUGCAAACCGAUACUGUAGACUUUAUUUACCUUUAAAUAAGAAAAUUGCAUUUCCCAACCAUUAAGCAGGUAUAAACUGGCAUAUUUUAUCUGACUUCUGCUAUUCCUUUCUUUCUGUUAAAGCUGUAGUAGAGAGAAGUUUCCAUUUUCCCUUAAAAGAUGAAUUUUGGAAGCCUUUAACACUUCAUUAAGAAAUCAGUUGUUUGUGACCUCUUCUACUACUCUGCCAAAAUAUACUUACAGCAACCUCCCCCUUUUCUCCCACAUGGAAUCACAUCAGAAACUGUUAUUUGAUGCCAUAAAACAAUGUGAAUCAGUCUGUUAAGUGUUCACUUGAUUAAACGGAAUGCAUUUUA